CAAACCAGAAAAUGGCGUGUAAAAAUUUUUGGACUCGGCUAGACCGAUCAUAAUUUUACAGUCAGUGUGGCAGAACAAACUGCAGUGGGAGGAAACUUGAUACAAAAUCAGGGCCACUUUUUUCCCUCCAAACACAUGAGUUGUUGUUGAGAUUGCCAGAGGAAAGUAUCUUCAGUGUUCCUUGCCAAGCCUGGCUGACCCAGAAUGUCUGAAAACACUACUGAGGAUGACAGUGACUGGGAUAAGAACCACCAGCCUAACAUCUAUGGAAAGUUGUUAAAAAUUCCAUAAAAUGGCGUUAUUAACAGAUUUUAAAAAGAGGACUUGUUGUUCCCACUGGCAUAAGAGACAGCCUGACCGAUCAUUGUGUAAAAUUUUAAUGUGAAUUGUUCUGUAAAUGUUUUCUGUCUGUGAAGUUAGAUAAUAAUUCAUUUGCAGCCUCUAUGUGGGAUUACACUAUGAAAGAAGUGACUUAUCUGUGGUACAUGUAUUCAGUAUAGGAGCUUCACGGAACUUCACUGCAGAGGAUUCCUUUAGUUAUUUUUUGGUUGUCUAUACUGAUGCUAUAGAUUCUUUAAGAUGGCCAUUACACUGACAGUCUCCACACCGCUGAAGGUUGUGAUUUUCAUGGCGUUCUUUGUGAUGACCAUACCUGUGAUUAGACCAAGUCAGCCUUAUCCAGAGGUACCUCGAGUUAAUAUACGCUGUAAUGAGACACAGUUCAGGCCGGGGUCAGAGCAGCUUAGGAUGGAGUUUAGCAGCUCUGUUGUAGAAAAUGAAUACAUUGUGACUUUCAAGGGCUACUACACCUCUCAAGCCAGACGCCGUUUUCUGACGGCAGCUCUCACAGACUCUGGAGUGAUAUCCUGGGCAAUUGUGCCCCGCAGUAACCCUGCCCAUGACUACCCUAGUGACUUUGAACUGAUUAAGCUGAGCGAUAGGGAUCGGUAUGGAUUUGAUGCAUUAAGCUCACACCCUGUGGUCAAAGGCGUCACACCUCAUAAAAGGGUCACUCGCUCUCUGAAGUUGGUCAGAGAAGAGACAAGUUUUGACCAAGCUACUGAGAAAGCUGAGAAGUCUGAACCAUGUAGUAAAGGUGCUAAGCAUGCCUGUGAAACAUCCAAGACUAGCAGCAGGAAAACACAACAGGAUCAGAAAGGUGUCAAAGAUGGAGAGGCAAGUGAUAAAUCAUGGAAGGAACCUGGGCGUCACAGGAAUCGUAACCUACUAAGAGCUGUCCCCAGACAGAUUGUGAACGCUCUACAAGCUGAGAUACUGUGGAAUAUGGGAUUUACAGGUGCUGGUGUCAAAGUGGCCAUAUUUGACACAGGUCUGUCAGAAGAUCAUUCGCAUUUCAAAAAAGGCCAAAUCAAGGAUCGCACCAACUGGACGAAUGAAAAGACCCUUGAUGAUGGGUUGGGACACGGUACCUUCGUAGCAGGUGUCAUUGCUAGUCACAGAGAAUGUCUAGGAUUUGCACCUAAUGCAGAGAUUUACGUCUUCAGAGUUUUUACCAAUAACCAGGUAUCCUACACAUCCUGGUUCCUUGAUGCUUUUAACUAUGCCAUUCUGAAGAAGAUAAAUGUGCUCAAUCUGAGUAUCGGUGGACCUGAUUUCAUGGAUCACCCAUUUGUUGACAAGGUGUGGGAGUUAACUGCGAACAAGGUGAUAAUGGUGUCAGCAAUAGGCAAUGAUGGUCCCCUGUAUGGCACUCUAAACAACCCUGCUGACCAGAUGGAUGUGAUUGGGGUGGGAGGAAUUAACUUUGAGAACCAGAUAGCUCGCUUCUCCUCUCGAGGCAUGACCACCUGGGAACUGCCAAGUGGGUAUGGGAGAGUCAAGCCUGACAUAGUCACAUAUGGUUCAGCUGUUAAAGGCUCAGCACUCAAGGGCGGAUGUCGUUCGCUGUCGGGGACAAGUGUUGCCUCCCCUGUUGUAGCAGGUGCCGUGACUUUGUUAUACAGUGCUGUCCUGCACAGAGGUAAUGUAAUCAACCCCGCAAGUAUGAAACAAGCCCUGAUGGCGUCAGCACGGCGGCUCCAAGACGUCAAUAUGUUUGAACAAGGCCAUGGCAAACUGGACCUGGUGAAGGCUUAUCAGGUGCUGCGUAGCUACAAACCUCAAGCCAGCUUGAGCCCCAGUUACAUUGACCUGACAGAAUGUCCUUACAUGUGGCCAUAUUGCUCUCAGCCAAUCUACUAUGGAGGCAUGCCCGUCCUGGUCAAUGUGACAAUAUUAAAUGGCAUGGGAGUCUCUGGAAAAAUUGUGGAAAAGCCUAUUUGGGAGCCAUACACCCCUCAGUUUGGCAGCUAUGUGGACGUAGCCUUCUCUUACUCACACACGCUCUGGCCCUGGUCAGGUUACAUUGCUGUGGCCAUCUCCGUCACAAAGUCUGCAGCCUCCUGGGAGGGCGUAGCCCAGGGACAGGUUAUUAUCACAGUGGAGUCACCUCCAGAGGAGAGUGAGGAGAACCCUCGUGUAUCUGUGGUCAAGCUACCCAUCAGAGUCAAGAUUAUUCCUACCCCGCCCAGAAGUAAGCGUGUUUUAUGGGACCAGUACCACAACCUGAGGUAUCCCCCUGGCUACUUCCCAAGAGACAACCUGAGGAUGAAGAAUGACCCAUUGGACUGGAACGGAGACCAUAUUCACACUAACUUCAAAGACAUGUAUCAUCAUCUGAGAAAUAAUGGAUUUUAUGUGGAAGUUUUAGGUUCCCCGUUUACCUGUUUUGAUGCCAGCCAGUAUGGCACUCUCCUGGUUGUCGAUGCUGAGGAGGAAUACUUCCCAGAGGAGAUCACAAAGCUGAAGCGUGACAUCGACCAGGGUCUCUCACUUAUCGUCUUUGCGGACUGGUACAAUGUCUCCGUCAUGAAGAAAGUCAAAUUUUAUGAUGAAAACACCAGGCAAUGGUGGAUGCCAGAUACAGGUGGGGCAAACAUACCUGCGACUAACGAUCUCCUGGCUCCUCUUGGGAUGGCUUUCAGUGAUCAGGUGUAUGAAGGGGACUUUGUUCUGGGAGACCACGACAUGUAUUAUGCUUCUGGGACAAGUAUUUCUAAAUUCCCUGAGGAAGGAAUUGUCAUAGCACAAACUCUUAAAGAUCAGGGUAAUGAGGUUCUCAAAGGUGAGACGUUAUCCGUGGAGAAUGUGCCUACCUUAGGUCUGUACCAGACCCGCACUAAACCCACAGGGGGCCGGGUGGCUCUCUACGGAGACUCCAACUGUCUUGACAACAGUCACUUACAGAAAGAUUGUUUUUGGCUGCUAAGUGCCCUGUUAGAGUACACAGCGUACAAUACUUUACCAUCCAGUCUGACCAACCAGGAGAAGAUAACUCUGCCUCCAGUACUGGAUCUUCCAGAGAGAAUGGAAGGAAGCCACCUGUAUCGCUACUCCAAGGUCCUUGAAGGCCACUUGGGCAGCCAGCAGGCCCGCCCCCUCCCUCCCUGCCCUCAUCUUAUAUGGGCACAGCCGCACCCCCUUAACACUUCUGCCCCUAGCAAUCUGUACCAGCCACAGAAGCUUUUAUCUAUUGGCCUGGAGCCACCAGUUCCCGUGAUGAACAAGCCAGGUAACGCCCUACCCCUGGGGAUCCGAGAUAGCCCUGUGAUAAACUGGCAGUCUGGUAACGGAGUAUCUGUGUCAGAUGGGCUCACCGUCUUCCCAGCAGUGGCAUUUCUUGGGACAAUAUUAGUCGUGGUUUUCCUUGUGUGUCACUUUUAUAAAUUCAAGUUUAACAAGCCUCGACGGAAAAGACCAAAGAUUAGAAAGAUUCAUCAUUAUCUUAUGUAUGGGUCGAAAGUUCCCGGGGUUUGACCCCUGCAGGAAUCUUAGACCACCGCUCAGUGUUUGUUGUCGUUCAUGUUUCAUCUCUAGGGUCAUCCAUGGUGGAACUGUACAUGAACCUGACAUGGUCUUGUGAUAAUCUGGCUAAAUGUAAUGGGAAGUGUGUAAUAGCCGUGAGUUGUGUGCAUUGCUAACGUAAGUCACCAACAAUGGGAGACUCAAGGACAAGCUACACAGAAGGUCCAAAUGACAGUACAACACAUCAUUUUCUUCUGUGACGUUGCAGUGCGUGCGUGGUUCAUACAUGUUUUAUGGUACAUCGAUAAUUGUGAGGUAAUAAAGAAAAAGAACAAAUGAGUUCACAGCUUUGCAACCUCUUGAUAUGGAGGAGAAGGAGUUUUACAAGUCCCACAUUGAAUAGAUAAGAUGAUGAUAUGAUGCAUACCUACAGUGAUGUUGGAAGAUUCAGUAUUGUGCUGGGAAUUACAGAUGCUCUCAUCAAGGAUGCAGGCGUGUGAUUGCUGGGAGUUACAGCUUAUGUCCGCAUACUGCUGGAUCAGUGAGAUAACAAUUGAGGAUUUGCUGGUCAUGGACAAAUCUUGUGCACGUAUCAGGGUCCUUGAUAACAUCGACCAAAAUGUCUCUAGAAUUAUUAAAUGGCUGGUUUCCAGAACCGUUCUACUGCUCUUGGGAAGUAUUGAUGAGGCUUUCAAGAAUUGAUUAACUGCUAGUGGAAACACAGAUUUCACGACGAAGAUUGACGCCAAAGAGAAAGUUUAUCUUAGCAGAAAAGAAUUACGAUGGUGACAUGGUAUCUGUGUGUUUUCUAAGUACACAUUUAUACAGCCACAGGAAGGAAUUCUGACGAAGGCUUCAUUUGUGCGUUUUCUUAAGUACACAUUUAUACAGCCACAGGAAGGAAUUGUGAUGAAGGCUUCAUUUAUGUGUUUUCCUAAGUACACCUUUAUACAGCCACAGGAAGGAAUUGUGACGAAGGCUUCAUUUAUGUGUUUUCCUAAGUACACCUUUAUACAGCCACAGGAAGAAAUUGUGACAAAGGCUUCAUUUGUGCGUUGUCUUAAGAACACCUUUAUACAGCCACAGGAAGGAAUUGUGAUGAAGGCUUCAUUUGUGCGUUGUCUUAAGAACACCUUUAUACAGCCACAGGAAAGAAUUGUGACAAAGGCUUCAUUUGUGCGUUUUCUUAAGUACACCUUUAUACAAUCACAGGAAGGAAUUGUGGAGAAGGCUUCAUCUGUGUGUUUUCUUAAGUACGCCUUUAUACAUCCACAGGGAGGAACUUGUGAUGAAGGCUUCAUUUGUGUGUUUUCUGAAGUACAUUUAACAAUCACAUUAAGGAAUUGUGAUGAAUGCUUCAUGUGUGUGUUUUCACAGUAUCUUCACAGUGAGAUGGAAACACAAUGUAUCAUGUGAUCUUCACAUGGUUUAUCUGUAUGCUAUAGAUAUGUAAAGGUUAACCCAUGCCAGAUUGCCAUGUUCAAAUACUCCAGGCUGCUUCGAUACCAGAGCUUGUGUAAGUAUGUCCAACAUAACGGCCAAAGCCUGGUCCAUCAUCAGUGAUUGCAGAGAUAAAUCACACGGCCAGGUAUUGUGUUGGGACCACUGAUAUUAGCGUCAUUAUUAUACCAUAUCUAAUACCUGAUUACCAAAGUUAUCGUCAUCUUAACCCCUGGGAGGGUAAGGUGACAAAGACAAUGCCAAUUUGGACAUUCUUAUGAGUGACUGUAAAAUGGUGCCUACAUAUUUAGAAUCUCCUCAUUUGUACUCAUGUGGCAAGGUGUUUGUGCAAAAUGCAACAUUUAUAUUCACCAAAACUUAAUCACAAUAUCUUAUUUGGAUAUGUAUUUAUUGAGAGGUUUGCACUUUCCUUUUUUCUUUUCUAUUUAUUAUUUUUUUUCUGUGGGGGUUAUUGUCUAUUUUCUCCUCCAUACCUUUUUCUAGGAUUUAUGACUGGAAUCUGCAGUAUUUUACUGUGUGAACUCAUUCCAGAUGGUUACAAGUUAUAAGAAAUACAUGUAUCCCCAUGAAGAUUAGGAAGUGUGGAAACACAUGCAAACAGUCUGUGGUGAUUAGAAGAUGUGUGUGAACACAGUCCUUGAGUAGUACGUGUAUCUCGCAUGAUUAAAGAAUGUGUAACUCAAGCCUGAAUAUUAGAAGUUUAUAAACUCAUAUUCAUAAAUACCUCAUUCAUUGUACAUACUUCUCCUCCUAUAAAAGAUAAUAGUAUGCAGAUUUGGCAUUACCUCUAGAUUCACAAAUACCGACCGUCAGCUCUCUAAAUUAUCUUUAGCCAUUUUGUGAGUCAAACAAUCUCUAACACAGCUCUCUAAAGUGAAGGAGGUAAACAAGAUGAAAGGUUGCUAAAGGGAGACCUGAAGCACCAAUACAGUUUAAACGUACUGUAUUUCGCCUGAAGUUUGGUAAGUAAAAAUGUAGAAGCAUGCAAUGGUCUUAAAAUCAUACUUUUUGAUGCCAACACAGAAAUAUUUUUUAUUUGAAAUUAAUUGCGUUUCACAAAGAACUCUUUAAUAUAUGACUAUGAGGUGGAUGAAUCAAUCAGAAUCAAGCGAAAUGUGUUACUGGAAAGGGGUUAAACUUAGGGUGAAAUACAGUGGUUAGCUUGAAUGGUUAGCCACUGGGAUUAUCAUGUGUUACAUCCCCCAAACUCCGCAGGAUUGUGGACAAAUGAACAAAGUAAACAUGUUUAAGCUGACAGGCUGAUCAUCGGGGCUCAGGCUCAUGAAACUUCUGAAAUUCUGUUUGGGAUAUUCAAGAGUGUCUGAAUUUCGGGAGUGUUUGAAAUUCCAGAAGAAUUAUGGUAAACAAAGUGUUUUGCUUCAACAAGAUGAAAACUAUACUAAAUAUUUGACUUAGGUUUUGUUGAGCAACAGUGCAUGUUGAAAUUCUGACUUAAGCAAGUUACUUACUAUACUUAAGUUUUCUGAAACCGUGUCCUCUUUGAUGGCAUCAUCGUCAUGGAAACUCAAGUUUGUUUGUACUGAAGUAUACGUUAGAUAAAUUCUCUGGUAGAAAGCUAAAAACCUGAAAAACAGUCAUGUAUUUUCACCUUUUUUGUUUUAGAGAGUGUGGUGAAAGUUGGUGCCAAAAUAAUAUCCUGGUCAAAGGCCUAAAAUAAUUUAUCUUAUUUAUAGCUUACUGUGUGGAUGCACACUUCAUUUUUCAGCUUCUAGGUUACUUACAUGUAUUUCUGCACUGAAAGGUUGCAUAAAGAUAUUUGUAUUUUAUGACUGGACAAAGGAAUACUUUAAUCUUUGGGGAUUUAACUUUUAUGUAUGAUUUCAAUCCCCUAAUACACCUCUGCCACAUGUGAAAGUGAUUGUUAAAAGUGCUUGGCAUUAUGUAAAACUCUUCCUGUCUUCCAAAUCAUUUCAUCUUCACCACAUUGUCACUCUUUUUUUUCUUUUUUAUGCCUCUUUAUCCGUGACUUUCAUCCCCUGGACAUGAUGCAUGAUUUAUUUUCAUUGUCAUAGAUAUAAAUUUGCGACUCUUGUGUCAAAAAAUUCCCUCAUAACUUGCAAUAGUCAUCUUGAUUUAUACUAAUACACGCACAGGUGUUCUGAUUCAAAGCAAGGCCUGUAUUUAUUAAACAUCUUAAAACUUAUGCCAAAAAUUCAAACAUCACUGCAAUUAAAAUAUUUCCUUCUAUAAAAAUUUGUACGUUGAUUCUUUACUGCAGAACAAAGUACUAAUCACAAUUUGAGCUCUUUCCUGUUCUGAGAUUGACUUUUUGAGUUGCUUGAUAAAUUCGGACCCUGACUUCAAACUUGGCACUGAAACGUCCAUCCUUUUUUGUUUAAUAGUAUGUGGGCAUCAGUGAGGAUUAUGUAAAUUAUUGGUUUUUUUUACUUGAUAUAUAUUCAUGAAAUAUGUAAGCAUUUUGAGCAGUGAAUACAAUCACCUGAAGCCCGUGUUUGAUUGUGUUCAGAUAUAACAACAUUGCCCUUGAUGUCCUUGUCUUGCACCUUCAAAUGAUUUUCUUUUGAAUGGGGACAUUAAGACCAUAUCAUGAUAAUAAAUGAAUGUCAUACAGUGCUUAACACAGGAUCUGGAAUCAGCAACUUUCUGUUGGGUUAAGUGGGUUUUGUUAUAGAAAUUCCAGUAGUUCAUUUUAAUGUUAGCUGGUCAGUCAGUAGAAUGGAUAUCAGUACAGUUCAGUGAUAUACGUAGGCAAGUUGUGUCACACCAUCAUAAAGUGGGUUGUCAUAAGCAUUGUGUUAGUUUAUAUCCCAGUAAUCGCCAUCAUUAUCUUGGAUGGGUUGUGAUUAUUUUGGGGGAGAGUGAUAUCUUAGCGCGACUCGUGCAUAAAAUACAGCUUUUUUAUGGCAUAUCUGAUACACAGGAGAACUGCAUUUCAAGAAACAUCUUCCAAGUAUCUUGGGUUACAUGUAUUUAUGUGUGCGUUGGUCCAUUGAGUGCAAAUUUUGUGAAAUGUCCAAUUCCUUUAUUUUAUGUACAGGGAUUAAAUACUCCAUUAAACUAGCCUAUGCUCUUGUGGCUACAUGUACUGCACAAAAGUUUGUCAUUUAUUUUCCAUUGCAACAAAACUACACAUAUGUGCCGACAGUGCAGGAAGUAAGGGGUGUCGAACAGUUUCUUGUGAGCAAACCAGUGGAGGUGAUUCCGCCGGCCGUAAAUAUCUAUUGGGCUAAAUUAUUUAAGUGCAGUCCAGUUGGUGAUUUUCAGACUUGUGCUUUAGAGACAAUGUCAGCGCUGACACUGUAUGUAACUUAACUGCUCGGGUAUUUAGCUGUGUGAAUCCUAGAUAAGGUGGUGUUAUGGUGUGAACUGCUGGGCAGUCUAGUGUAUGUCAAUAGGGGAUUUUUUUUUUUUUUUUGCAUGCGUUAGAUUCAUUAUAGAUGGAUUUUGUUCUGUUUAUUUUAUAUUAGCUACAUUUGAUUAUAGUUGUUUGAUGUUUUAAUUGACCUGUUCUCUCAGAGAAUGUCCAGCAUGUUUGUCAAAUGUGAAUACAUAAAUAAAUGUUUUUAUGAU